AAUAAAUAAACACUGAGUUUUCAAUGUCUUUCACAUUAAGGUAUUUAAACUAACUGAAUUAAAACAUUUUAAAACUUAAUUGACCAAAAGUGCAUAUCCAACAUUGCUUUACAGAGUAAAUAUGUUUUUAACUUCAUAUUGAACCAAGAAACUUUGGAGUACUGAUUAUCAGCUUAACGCAGACAUGAAACCUAAAGUUCUUCUAGUUCUUUACUUUAUUGUGGCAUUGAGUGAUGAAAUCAGUAGUUAUCUACAUGAAACAUGUCAAUCACAUUAGGAUGAAAACAGGCCUCCACAUAGUUGAUGUAAUAUAACGCUACUUGUCACGGAUUAGCGCUGAAUAAUAUUCUUAAUGUUCGAGUGAGAACUAGAAAAACGUUCAUUAAAUUUAGAUUACAACAUUCAUAUGGUUUAAUGUUAAACAUAACUAGAAACAGAAUCGUUGAAAACUUGAACAAUUCAAACUCUAUUAUUACUAAAAGUAACUUUAUAAUGUCAGAGUUGAAAUUUUGCUCAAAGUGUAAACAAUGCAUCAAAGAAAGUCAUUACUUAUUAGCUGAUUGUCAAUACUGGCAUGAAGAUUGUCUACGUUGUGUAUGCUGUGAUGCUAGAUUAGCUGAAUUAGAUAAAAUUUUCUACAUUAAAGCUAGGAUGUCAUUAUGUCGAAGAGAUUAUCUAAGAUUGUAUGGUAAAACGGGUGAAUGUUCCAUCUGUCAGAAACAAGUACAAUCAUAUGAAUUUGUUAUGAAGAUAAAAAAUAGUGUUUAUCAUUUAUCUUGUUUUUGUUGUCAAUAUUGUCAAAUGAGAAAUAAUAUUUACAUUAUGAAAGGAAGUCAAAAGACAUUUUUAAGAAAUAAAACACUAGGAAAAAAUUCUUUCAUAUACAUACCGUCAUAAAUUACAGUGAUAUUUAUCAGUGAACAUGUAAAGUUUAGUUAGAGUACCUUUAUAUUUUGAUC